AUGCCAGAGGGUGUUUCUAAUUCUUUGGAGGAGGCGGAUAGCCAAGGAUCCAAGAAUUCGAGUCAUAUGAAGGAUGAUAAUAUUGGGAUGGAGACACUGGCAUCUGAGCUGCAAAAGAUGCCAUUAUUAUUGGAAGAUGAUGGUACUAGUGAUGAUCAUGCCCUAGAACUGAAUUUAGCAUAUGGUGAUCAUGAUCAGUUACCAUCUAGAGAAAUCAUCAACAAGAAAAUUAGCGACGAUGAUCUUGGCCUUUUACCGGGAUCACAUGAUUCGGAUGCAAGUAAUUCUUUACCUAGUGCUAUAGGUAGAGAAAACUCGAUCAAGCAAGAUCUUAUCGGCCGCCGCCCUAGGAAUUAUCAUGCCUCUAAUAUUGUUGGUGAUCAUCAUCUAAACCCUAGCAGUGGUGAAAGUGAACAUGAGUAUUGGGUUUAUUUUGCUUGCCAUUUGUUGAAGUGGGAAGCUUUUAACCCGGACACAAAAACUUGGAUGUCUCAUCUACCCGUAAUACAAGCGGACAAAUGCUUUGAGCUUUCGGAUAAAGAGUCAAUGGGAGUUGGGACUCAGCUACUCGUUCUAGGAAAAGACGUUUUAGGUCAGAUCAUCUACAAAUAUAACGUGUUCACGAAUUCAUGGUCAGAAGCGCGGCUUAUGAACAAGCCUAGAUGCUUGUUCGGGUCUGCUAGUCUCGGCAAGACUGCUAUAUUUGCAGGUGGGGUGGAUGGAAAUGGGAAGAUCACAGAUGCAGUUGAGAUCUACGAUAGCGAGACAGGGGCCUGGGAGACGCUUCCCAGCCUGCUUAAACCCCGGAAAAUGAGUUCCGGGGUUUAUAUGGAUGGAAAGUUCUAUGUUAUUGGAGGGAGUGGUGGAAAUGAUAUGAAACCGUAUGAUUGUGGAGAAGAGUAUGACUUGGCAACUAAAAAAUGGAGAGCUAUUCCUAACAUGUCACCCGGUGGUGGUGGGGGUUCAUCGGCUCCACCUCUGCUCGCGGUGGUUGAUAAUGAGUUGUAUGCAGCUGAUUGUGCGGCAAUGGAAGUAAAGAAGUAUGAUAAGAAGAGGAAUUUGUGGUGGAGUAUCGGAAGCUUGCCUGAAAGGGCAAGCAAUAUAGAUGGGUGGGGGAUUGCGUUUCGAGGAUGUGGUAAGCGUGUGGUCAUUGUUGGUGGUCCGAGGACACAUACCGACACUCAUGUCGAUAUAUAUUCAUGGGUCCCUAGCGAGGGACCGCCAGAAUGGACCAUAGUUGGUCGAAAGAAGUCUGAUAGCUUUGUCUACAACUGCGCCAUAAUGUGUUAUUGCUCGAACUGA